AUGUGUCAACUUCUUCUUCUACGCUUUCAAUUAACAAUUGUACAUCAUUUAUUUUUUGCAAUAAAUGUAUCGAGUGAUAUCAUUCGAGGUCGACAAUUAAUUAAAAAAGAAUUAGCAAUAACGGGAUUAUCACGUAUAAUGGAUUUUACUGAAGUUAUAGAUAAUGCAAAAAGAUUUGCUGGAAAAAAACAAGAUGGAGACAACUAUGAUGAUCUUUUUGUAGAUCGUCUUCAUAAUCGAUAUACUGUUGCUGUAUUAAUCUGUUUUUUCAUUGCUAUUUCAACAUAUCAAUAUGUUGGUACUCCAUUAAAAUGUUGGGUUCCAGCACAGUUUACUGACAAUUAUGAAGAUUAUACAGAUCUAUUAUGUUUUAUUCAAAAUACAUAUCAUGUAGCAGAAAGUCAAAUAAUUCCUCAAGAUUUUAAUUUACGACGUGAACGAACAUUAAAAUAUUAUCAAUGGAUUCAUUUUGUUCUUUUACUUCAAGCAUUAUUUUUUAGUUUACCACGUAUUAUAUGGCAAUCAUUUAAUGAUAAAAUAGGUUUAUCAAUUGGAAAUCUUGUUAAUGUAUCAAAUAGAUAUGAAUCAUUUGAUAAUGAUGAAGAUCAAAAUAGAGCUAUAAAAUAUAUUUCUGAUUGUCUUCAACGAUAUGAAGAAUAUGUAAAUCUUCCUAAUCGUAAAAGUUUAUCACGUUUUCAACAUAUUAAUCGUCAAUGUUAUUUAUUUUGUCAAGGUCGUACAGGUUCAUUUUUAGCUUGUUUUUAUAUAUUUAUUAAAAUUCUUUAUAUAUGUAAUUUAAUUUUUCAAAUAUUAUUUCUUCAAUAUUUUCUUAGUUAUCAUAAUAUUAAUUAUAUGGAAUAUGGUUUUAAUGUAUUUAAAAAAUUAUUUUUUGAUUUUUCAUUACCAGAAAGUAAAUUAUUUCCACGUAUAACAUUAUGUGAUUUUCAAAUACGUGAAUUAGGUGAACGUCAUAAAUAUACAGUUGAAUGUAUACUUGUAAUAAAUAUAUUUAUUGAAAAAAUGUAUUUUAUAUUAUGGAUAUGGUUUGGAAUAUUAUUAAUAAUAACAAUAAUUGAUAUAAUUUAUCUUAUAUAUAGAAUAUUUUUUCGUCAUUCACGUAAUAUAUUUCUUAUUGAAAAUUUAGAUUUAAUUCUUUCAAAUCGUAUAACAAAAGAAAAACAAUUUCAAUAUUUUCGUCGAUAUUUUCCUAUUGAUAAUUUAUUUACAUUAUGGAUUAUAUCGGCUAAUUCAAAUUCAUUAAUUAUUGGAGAAAUUCUUAAUGAAUUAUUUCAAAGAAAAUUACGUAAUGGUUCAGAUGUUUAA